UUCUCGUUAUUAAAAACUGAAAGUGCUCUUUUAAUCUGUAGGAGGUUUAGGAUCCAUCAUGGACGAGGACGGGCUGCCUAUAGUCGGGUCUGGUGUUGAUCUCACUAAGGUCCCUGCUAUUCAACAGAGAAGAGUUGUCGCCUAUCUCAAUCAGUUUGUCGUUCACACGGUCCGAUUCCUGAACCGAUUUUCCACAGUGUGUGAAGAGAAACUUGCAAACAUAUCGCUCCGCAUACAGCAGAUAGAAACGACCCUCUCCAUUUUGGAAGCCAAGCUGUCCUCCAUUCCCGGGCUCGAGGACGUCACAAUAGAUGGAAUCAGUCAGCGGCAACCUGCUCAGACCAACGGACCCACUACGGCCAGUCAGAGCCAAACAGAUCCAGGUCCACCAGCAGGGACCCGGCCUCCGCCACAGCCGGCUCAGACUGCACCAGAGCCUGCAGAGACCCCAAAAGCAGAAGCCGCUGCAGAGAAUGUCAUGACGGUGGCCAAGGACCCACGUUACGCCCGAUACCUGAAGAUGGUUCAAGUGGGAGUUCCAGUUAUGGCUAUAAAGAAUAAAAUGGUCCUGGAAGGUUUGGAUCCUAACUUGCUUGACACACCGGACGCCCCCGUGCCCGAUGGAGGAGCGAGGAGCACGGAGGAUCAAGAUGAGGACGCCACCAGCUCUGACAGCGAGUCAUCUUUCAGCGACUGACAUUUCCUCUGUCCCCAUCACCCACAGAGCUUCCUGUGUAGGCAACACGUCGCUGCUCUGAGCUUCUGUAGGCCUCAACUUAGAAAGAGAAGUUGGUUGCAGUAUGCUUGUAAAGGAGUACAAGAGAGAAGUUGCAGAUGUAAGUGCCUGAAACAGGAAACUCCAACCAGAGUGAUUGUAAUUUCAGUGUAAAAGCACUGAAAAUGUUUUGCUUACAGUCGGUCCGUGACCUGAAUUUUGAUACAUUUAGCAUUUUUGAAGGGGGAAUAAUUUUCCCUGUUGGUUAUGUUAGCAGUAGAACUAAAAACAUGGCAGUAGCAAGUCAUUUUUGUACAAAAAGUAAUACUCUCGAUUGUCACACUACUAUCCCAGUGUAAUGCCUUUAAGAGAUAAACUCAUCAGUUGAAAGUUAUAAAAAAAUUUCCUUUCAAUGUUUGACACACACAUUGAUUCUGUGUGUUCAGCAAAAGGAGGGAAAUUACAACAUUACACUUUCAGUUUUGAUAUACUGUAUAUCACAAUACCAGUUUAAUGGGAAGCAAAAUCACAUGUCGUUCAGCAUGUGAUUUUGCUUCCUAAAUAUCAGCUGUCACUGGUAGAAUUAUUCCAGCAAUAUUUUGACCUUUCACAGAAUGCUAAAUACCACUUUUUGUUUUUUUCUUUAUUUUUGAGCAGCAAAUCUGUGAUUUAAUUGUCUUAUGCAGAAUAUCCUGACAGUCAUCACUAACAUUUACAGGAGGCCGUGGUGGAGGAACAAAACCUACAGUACAUUCAGCGUGAGGCCUCUGUUGCUCUUUUCACUGUUAAUCUUAGAAUACAUUCUAGUGACUUUGAAAAGUACUCAGACCUCUUAACAUUUUGACCUUUUGUUAUACAUUUAAAAUGUAUCCCAUUUUAUGGUGUUGACCAUCAAUUUACAGACAAUAUUGUUGCAGAAAAAACAUAUUUUUUACAAAUGUAUUAUGAACCAAAAGGUGAAAUCUGAAUACUUUAUAAAGCUGCUGCAUGUGACAUUACAGCAAAAAACACCUCAAAUGACCCCAGUGAAAGACAAUAAAUGAUGAAUAGUAAUGUUUUGUCUGGCUCUGCUUUAGGCAGUUCCUUAGCCAAAUAAUUUUUCCAUUGACAUGUUUUUAAAUCUUUAAUUGGGUUUGUAGAGUUUAAAUGUUUUGUCUGGAUUAUCCGUGUAUUGCACACUAACCUCAGCUGGAAUGAAAAGCAAACAAACAUGCACUAACUGGUGAAACAGUGAUAAACACCACUUGUCUGAACAAUGUACCUGCAGAUUUGUUUUGUUUGACUAUGUUAGUUCUAUCAGCUUAUGACUACAUGCCCGAAAAUGUAAAAUAGAUAAGUCAGGAACGCUUUCGCACAAAAUAAAUAUUCGUAACAUUUCUAUGAAUGCCUUUUACGCUAUGAUAUCUGACUGUG